AUGAAUGGCAGUGAAUCCUCGAUUCUGCACACUUUGGAGUUUCUUCGGUUAGAGCAGCAUCAUCCUGUUUCUGGGAUUUAUCAGUUCGGCAUCCCCAAGAUAACAUCAGCGUGCAUCUGCGAUUGUGCGGGAGGGAUUUAUCAGUUCGGCAUCCCUAAGAUAACAUCAGCGUGCAUCUGCGAUUGUGCGGGAGGUGAUGCACCUUGCAAAAUCGAGCAGUACAAUUACAGAAACUGCUCAUCCGGAGCGCUAUGUUACCGCACCUAUCAUCCGGUCCAAUCAAAUGUUGGAUGCAUUGGAGAGCAGAAAAGUGAGGCAUGUUGUGAACUGCGCAUUGAACCCUACAAAGACUGGAUCUUCACUGCCAUCAAGAUCGGUCAACCAGCCACGAUUCUCGUUUUCAGAUAUAGCAUCUAUGAUCGUUUUAACAAACGUUGGCGUAAAGCCUCUGAAGAGGUCGUGGAAGUCCCGUUGAAUAGAGGUCUUUCAAAGUUCGACUUCAAUGGAAGGAAUAAGAUUGAAAUGGUUGUGACGGGUAGUAGACCUAAUAGAGAACUGCAACCGGGGAUGUACUUUGUCAGAGAAGGGACCCACGAAAUUCGAGGUUAUGUUCCCAUCAAUGAAGUUGGAGAGAGCAACUUGGAAAAAUUAGGAUGGAUGAGAUUCUCUGAAGGAAAAUGGGAUAUCAGAAAUGGAAAUGUCAAGAUCAAGCAAGCACAUGUCAGUUUAUUAAUUCAUUAG